AGUUCAAUUUUCGAACACAUGUUUGAAGUGUCACUGUCACACAAUGUCAGUCUUAUAGUACUUAGGUAUUUUUAAUAAAGUUUAAUAUUUGUAAAUUCAAUGAAAAAUGAGACGUGAAUUCAUAUUAUUUCUUCUGGGUAUUAUAAGCAUAUCCACCUUAACAUCGCAUCUAUCCAAUUACUUGCCAGAUCCAUCGAACAAGUUGUUAUUAGAUAUGGUUGCCGGGACAGUUGGUCCAGGCAACUUUUCUUAUUGGCAGCUUGGCCAUACAGGGCCCUUAGUGAUCGAAUUGACCUCUUUAUCCGGCGAUGCGGACCUCUACGUGUCGGAUACUGUGCGGCCCAGCUUUGAAGUUGACAGGAACAAUUUCAGUUCAGCUACAUGUGGACAAGAUGUGGUCAUUAUCCCUGCAGACUUUCCAAGACCCAUAGGUAUAGGUGUUUUCGGUAGCUGGACCCAUUCUGUAUCGGAGUACUGUAUCCACGUCUUCUUAGAUUAUGCCAAGAUGCAGGCUCUUGCCAUGGAAUUCCACCAGACCAAUGCAGACAGUUCUGCAUCGAACACAAAGAAAAAUCGGUCCCCAAGAAGGUCGAUGAUGAGAAACCUAGGUUUUUCCUUCGACUACUCAACCUACUUGAAAUGGUUUUCGAAAUGGUAAUUUUAUAGUUGAUCUUCGUAGUCACGAGCUACUAACAUUGUAUUAAUAAUGAAAAGCGUGUGUGUACUUAUGUACACGCGUCAGAAGUUAUACUUCUUUGGCGUAACAAGAUAAAAAUCUGUUCAAAAUGUACAAAUUAUUCAAAAUGUACAAGUUACAAAUGUUCAAAUCUGUUCAUACGCCUUAUUCCAAUGAGGUGUAAACGGGGGAGGCUUAAAAUGACACACGUCUGGUAACUCCACACCGCACGUUUGUAGAGAAAACGACACUAACAAUAGAAAAAUGGUAUUAAAUACAUUGAAAGUUUUAUUAUAAAACAUUAUCUUGGUAUCUCAUUAUCAGACCACCAAGUUUCACUGAACAUUAAAAUGAUGAAAUUUAAGAUUUUUGUACACUUAAA